UCUGUACCCCAGAGCAAGGAGGACACAGGGGUCAGAGGUGGACCCAGAGCAAGCCGGGGGGGCACCUGUGAAAGGUGCAAGGCUGGUGGCUUGGGCAGGGAGAAAAGGAGGCCAGCUGCUGACAAGAGAGCUCCGGAGAGACUUCAGCCAUGCCUCAUAACUCCGACAGCAGUGACUCCAGCUUCAGUCGCUCUCCUCCCCCUGGCAAGCAGGACUCAUCUGAUGAUGUGAGAAAAGUUCAGAGAAGAGAGAAAAAUCGCAUCGCUGCCCAGAAAAGCAGACAGAGACAGACACAGAAAGCUGACACCCUACACUUGGAGAGUGAAGACUUAGAGAAACAGAAUGCAGCCCUGCGCAAGGAGAUCAAGCAGCUCACCGAGGAGCUGAAGUACUUCACGUCGGUGCUGAGCAACCACGAGCCCCUGUGCUCUGUGCUGGCCACCAGCACCCCGUCACCCCCUGAGGUGGUGUACAGCACUCAUGCCUUCCACCAGCCCCAUGUCAGCUCCCCGCGCUUCCAGCCCUGAGCUUCCAGCAAGGAGAGCCCGGAGCCUCCACCUCUACCGCUCCUGUGGCCUCGGGAGUGACAUAUAGACUAUGGCCAGACUGUCCUGUUUCCACUGGAGUCCUGAUGGCAGAGAGCUAGACAAGACUGAAUGCAAAGACUGUAGCAGCCAGAGGGGUCUGAGGCCCCUGGCAGUAUGGAGCCAGCCAGGGUGGGCUGGACCCCCAUGUGGAUGGAGCUGCAAAUACCGACAGCACACACAGAGCCCAAGUGACCCCUCACAAGGGGAGAAGAC